GCGUCGUGACGUCAGGUACUUGCUAUUCGCUCCGAUGCGAAGUAGCAAGUAUGGCUGUCAGUCAUCGAAAGUGUCAAAACGUUCUCGCGUGUCACGUUGGCUCGUUUAUAAACAUCGUUUAUCUGAGCUCCCGGGGCACCGGCAUGGACAAUAUCAGGGACGGCUGGUUUAAGGAAACGUGCACAUUAUGGCCCGGCCAAGCCACUAGUCUCCAAGUGGAAGAGGUCCUCUACCACAAGAAAUCCAAAUUUCAAGACGUGUUAGUGUUCAAGAGUAAAACGUACGGCAACGUGUUGGUACUGGAUGGAGUGAUCCAGUGCACGGAGAGGGAUGAGUUUGCGUAUCAGGAAAUGAUUGCCAACCUCCCCCUGUAUAGCCAUCCUUGUCCAAGAAAGGUUCUCAUUAUUGGCGGUGGUGAUGGUGGUGUGCUGAGGGAAGUGGUGAAGAAUCCUCAAGUAGAGUCGGUGGUCCUCUGUGAAAUCGACGAGGACGUUAUUGAUGUGUCAAAGAAGUUCCUCCCGGGCAUGGCCAAAGGUUUCUUCAGUCCAAAGCUCACCCUCCAUGUUGGAGAUGGCUUUGAAUUUAUGAAACAAAAUCAAGAUGCCUUUGAUGUCAUUAUUACUGAUUCAUCCGACCCUGUUGGCCCAGCUGAGAGUUUAUUCAAGGAGAGUUACUAUCAACUGAUGAAGACAGCAUUGACCAAAGGCGGAAUUCUCUGCUCUCAGGGAGAGUGUCAAUGGCUGCAUUUGGACCUGAUAAAGGAAAUGCAAACCUUUUGCAAGACCUUAUUCCCAGUGGUGGACUACGCCUACGGCACCAUCCCAACAUAUCCCAGUGGCCAAAUUGGAUUCAUGCUAUGCAGUAAGAACCCUGAAACACAUUUCUGGAAGCCGGUGAAAGAACUUUCAAAAGCAGAACUGGAAAGCAUGAACUUGAAAUAUUAUAACACUGAGAUUCACAAAGCAGCAUUCGUCCUCCCAGAAUUUGCAAGAAAGGUACUCAAAGACAUUUGAUUGGCCACAGCUGAGCUGCGUGUUCAUCCUCCAUCUGCUCCUCAGUCCACAGACAAACAAAUGCAGCUUCUCCUCCCCCUCAGCUGAGUUAAGCUCUUUCUAAAGUGUUGCCCCCUCAAGAUUUCAUGGGGUCAGUGACUUCGUGUUACUAUCCAGUCUGACAACACUAAUUUGUUUGACUUCCUUCCAUUAAUCAUGUUGCUAGUCAGCUUGGCUCACGAGGAAUUGAUACCAUCCAACAGUAACCUCAUUCUAAAGGACUGUACUUUUCAAAUUGCAUCUGUGCAUUUCACAUACAGUAUGUGAGAUGCAAUGUAUUGCUGUGCUUUCUUUGAAAAAUGCUCUUUGUUCAAACGUGCAUGCCAUCUAUAUAUGUUGGGAAUACAAACAUAUCCUCAUGAAUUUGAAAACAAAUGCGGUUCAAUGGGUUCUUUGAUUAAUGUGGUUUGUAUGUAUUAACAGUCAGGUAGAAAACUCUUCCCUUUAAAAACCCAACAAUCACCUGAUCCUCUGCUUUGGUAUGGAUGAUACACUUCAUAAGUAAAACUGAAGCUGUCUCAUUUUGUAAAAAGGCUCAUUCAUUAUACAGUUACUAGAGGUUUGGCCGAUGGGAAGAAGCUUAUAUUAUGUUAAGCCAUACCACGGGACGAUGUCAUAUUACAUUGCACUUGUUUACCUAACAUCUGAAACCAAUUGCUGU